AUGGCAGCGACAAAAUUACCACAAGACUGUUUAAAUCAGAUUUUUGCAGAAUGCCAGGCCAAUGAAGUUCCUCUAUGCAAUUAUUUGCUUGUAAAUUGGUCAUGGUGUGAAUGUAUCAUAAGGUUAAUAUGGCAAAAACCAUUCGAACGAAAAGAGGGCGCGAUUUUUCAAGAGGAAAGAAGCGUUCAACUUAUCAGAACUUUAAUAACAUGUCUAUCGUAUGAUUCGAAAGAACUGCUUCAAGAAAACGGGAUCGAAUUACCAAAUGAGCAGCUUGAAAGCAAACCAUUAUUCGAUUACCCAGCUCUUAUCCAAAAAUUAGAGCCACAACGUUUGAGCUGGGCUGUACGAGAAUGGAUUGAUCAUUCCAUACCGAUAACGGCAACAGCAACACCAACACAGCUCGAUCGAAAAACGUUUACUUUAUCGCAAGAGAUACUGAAAUUAUUAGUUCGACGUGGAAAACGACUUUCUAAAUUUGUCUUGUCUCAAACAUCUUCUCAAUAUGACGAUGGUGCACAGAUUCCAAUUCAUCUGCUACCAAAUGCACAAAAUUUUAUGAAACAAAUUAGGUCUUUUGUAUGCUAUUUUCCACAUGAAAUCCCAGAUUCUACAUUUUAUUCACUCUCACAAUCAGGAACCAAUAUUGAAGCAUUUGACGUUUCUUUGAAUAAUGAAAGUGAAGGUUUAAUUCAGCUUAUUCGCACUCAACGUGGCAUCAAAGAGGUAAUACUUGCCGGCGAUCGACUAAACUCUAAAUUCGAUGAAGCAUUGCAAAUGCACACAAAGACAAUCACCCAUAUUGAAUGCAUUGAUACUUUGAGCAUAUCUCCGGAUACAUUGACUCAAUGUCAAAAUCUCAAAGUUCUCAAUUUGUAUUGUAAGAUCCCUAAGGAUACUUUUUCAAUUUUAGAGAAUGCGCAGUUUCCAUUUCUUCAAAAGCUUGACGUUAAGUUACAAAAUAAAUUCGAUUUAGAAAGAUUAAGUCGAAUCAUUCAGACAACUACAGGACGAAUGGAAGUUUUAAGACUGCAAUGGGGUACAUAUGAUCCUGAAAAUAUCCAUACGCUAAUUAAAACCAUCGGAGAGUACUGUCCGCGUAUAGUUGAACUAGUGAUUCCAAUAAGAUCCGAUGAUGCUUCCUGCUUAGCUUCCUUGUUUUCGAAAUGUCGUCACGUGCGUUCAAUAAUGUUGAUUUCAAAAGAUGGUGGCGUUCAAGAUGGAGAACGACUUGUUACCGCGAUUGCUGAUAAUGCUCCAACAACAUUAAGAAGCUGCUCUAUUCACGGACACUGGAAUUAUACUCCCGAAAUAUGGCAAGCAUUUUGUGAACGACAACAAAAUAACUCGUCACCAAUUCGGAUCUCGUUAGUUGAUAAA